AUGGUAGACGUCACGGAUGCUGCGAGCAUAAGCACGGAGGUGUCUACCGAGCUUGGUACCGCCGAUAUGGCCGACUUCGAUCUUGGAGAUUUAAACCUUGAUGACGAUAUCUACUUACCAACAAUCGAAGACAUUCUUCAGAAUAACGAUUAUGCACUCGACGUCACCGACGAUUUUAGCGAAGUCCAGAGCCAUGCAGACCACGCGAUUGACGCAGAAUCGUUUUCUUCUUGUUCUUGGAAGGAUAUUAUCUUGAAGGAGAGUGAUAGCGGUGGUUCGGUUUUCCUUUUUAUGUUCAAAAACCAGAAGAAAUCAUACAAAAUUCACUGUCUUUUUUCUGGUUGUCGAGGAGAAGUCUGUGAUGUAGCCACUUUAUUGCCCGAUGAUCAGCUCGGCUAUUCAAAUGCAUCCUUCCGUGACAUAGGACUGAUUGCCAUGGCGUCAAUCAACAAAGUGUAUGUGGUCGCGCUUCGGCCUUCUAUACGGCUGAUCUGCAUCUUCGAACUAACCGGCCGACCAUUUACAUUGCCGUUUUUGUCGUGGCGAUAUGAAUCGUUUGGUAACAAUCGAAUUGGUGAUCGAAAACAGUCCAGUUCCUUCACCGCGAUUCUUCUGUCUGCCAGAGACAUGACCGUGCGUAUUUCUGAUCUCAGCUCUAAUGACGGAGGCUUCAGCUUCCAUUGCAGCAUUCGCCAAACUAUCUCUGUUCCCCUUCCCAUUAUUAACGCGUCAUGGCUUUGUUCCGGUCGUUUCAUUUACUUGGAUUCACAUCAGCAAUUGCACAUUUAUGAUCUUCUGUUAGCCAAAACGGUGGAUGUCAUGGACGCUUCCGCUUUCAAGACUGUGUACAACAGUAAUAUUUUCAAAGGCUUGGCCUGUGGUGGAAAUGUCAGUUCAGCCAUGAAAUGUCUUGCCGAAAACGCCUGCUAUCAUUCUGUGGUAGUUCGUGACUGCAUCUAUUUCUUAGGCACGACAGACAUUUACCGCAUCAAGACUAUUGUUUCUUAUUGCAUAGACCUGUCACACGUGUCAGGCGACGAGUCAUUGCUCUACUCAGUUUUCUACCCUGCGUUCAGCUACUCUGAUCCUGCUACAGAAAUAUUCUUUGAAGUUUUGACCGACUUCAUAAUUAUGGAUGUUGAUAAAAGUUCCAUGCCAACAGAAGUGAUGGACAACUAUUUGAAAUACCAUGAAAAAAACGGAUCUUUUUCGGAAAUAGAAAAGUCUGUUGUUCAUUUUCCAGUCGAAAGCCUGAACAUCAACUAUGUAAUGCUGCUGUAUGCAACAAAAUAUUAUUGUCGAAAGUUCGAUUUGCAGGUGUACAAGUUGUGUAACGCCCAUGGUCUCUUCGAUGCUGUCAUCUAUGUUUGCUUAAAGGCUUUCAUGGAUUAUAUACAUCCCCUGAAGGAAAUGUUCACUUAUCUUGAAGAGAAAAUGGCUCCUGGAUUGGCACUGACUGAUGAGGUCAUUUUGGUCGGCAACAAGCUACUGCUCUACUUAAAGUGUGCUUUCAUUUUCAACAGUUUUUUCGUUCGGUCUCCUAACGAGUUACUUAAGAACUGUUUCCUUCGUUAUCUCAAAGUUGCCUUAGCGAAGGAGUUGAAAGACAGCGAACGAUAUCAUAUCAAGCAGAAAGUUUUCGAACUUCUUCCGGUAUUAUGUGAUUCGAACCUGCAAGAAACAGCACUCCUAAUGUGUAAAUUUUACGCAAAUUGCUAUGAAGCUAUCUCUAGUCGACUGGAAAAUGAUUCGAAGCUUUUGUUGAAUUUGCUGGCGGAAAUGGUUAAACUAAGACUGUUCUGUGCCUUGCACGAAGACGAAGAGCUGCAGAAGUUCUUGGAUAUUUGUCAGGGCUUGUAUGCGGUCGAUGACGUCCUUCCUCUGUGUAUCGAAAGUGGCUCUGCCAAAUCUUCUAUUUUUCUUUACCUGCAAAAGCAUCAUUACGAAGAAGCUUUCAAAAUGCAGCUGCAGGUUCUUGAAGAAGCUUUCAAAACAGAGGAACUGCCUGAAAUAAGUAUGAAAAUGGUCACUUUGUUUUAUGUUGUUCGCAUAAAGAAACAAUAA